AUUUGGAAUUCAUAACCCUUUUCAUUGGCGGUUUAAUUUGCUUGCGCUUUAGCGUUAUGUCAGUCAUGCUAUUAAAAGGCAGGACGCUUAACACUCUCAACCACAGUCCCCUAAAUAUAUCUUUCUUUUACUACAUCUGCAUUCUCUUGUUCUUCCCGUCUCCAACAACGAGGCUUCGAAGCUCGACGAGGCAAAGCAUAAAGCAUAAAUCCUAAUUCUCACAUCUCCUUAAUCUACCCGCGUCUAGCAUUUCCGGCAAUGGCCCACGAAGAGCUUCCCGUCCCGACCUUCUCCUCACUUGAACCUGUGUACGGAGAGGGUUCGCCGCUGGAGGAGGCGCAACUGCGGUUCCAGUGGAUCAAGGCCAAGUUCGUCGAGGUUUUUGGCAAGGAACCGGAUGUUUAUGCCCGAUCUCCCGGGCGGGUGAAUUUGAUCGGAGAGCACAUCGAUUACGAGGGAUAUUCGGUGUUGCCAAUGGCGAUUCGGCAGGACACGAUUGUAGCUAUCAGGAAGGCGAGUGCUGGGGAGCCCAAGGUGCUUAGGAUUGCGAAUGUGAAUGAAAAGUAUAGUUUGUGUACUUAUUCCGCCGAUCCGGAUCAGGAAGUCGACUUGAAGAACCACAAAUGGGGGCAUUAUUUCUUUUGUGGAUAUAAAGGCUUUUAUGAGUAUGCAAAAUCAAAAGGGCUAGAUGUUGGUGAACCUGUUGGACUUGAUGUAAUUGUAGAUGGAACUGUUCCUACAGGUUCUGGACUAUCAAGCUCUGCAGCCUUUGUUUGCUCAUCAACAAUUUCUAUCAUGGCUGCUUUUAAUGUAAACAUCCCAAAGAAAGAAGUUGCUCAGCUUACAUGUGUAUGCGAGCGCCACAUUGGAACACAAUCCGGAGGAAUGGACCAGGAACUUUUGAAAGAAGAGCCUUAUACAGCAGAAGACAUCGAAGGAAUCACAUUGGAUCCACUGAAAUCUAUCUUUGAAAAUUCACCUACUUCAUUGGAUGUUCUAAAGGCUGCUAAAAAUUUUAAGCUAUUCCAGCGAGCUUCCCAUGUAUAUUCUGAAGCUAAGCGUGUCUAUGCUUUCAGCGACACCGUGUCCUCAGAUCUCAGUGAUGAGGACAAGCUUCAAAAGCUUGGGGACCUAAUGAAUGACAGUCACUACAGCUGCAGUGUUCUGUAUGAAUGCAGUUGCCCUGAGUUGGAAGAGCUUGUGAAAGUUUGCCGAGAUAAUGGAGCACUUGGAGCAAGGCUUACCGGUGCUGGGUGGGGUGGUUGCGCUGUUGCUCUGGUUAAAGAGAACAUUGUUCCUCAGUUUAUUCUUAAUUUGAAGGAAUCCUUCUACAAGCCCAGGAUCGAGAAGGGCAUCAUCAACAACAAUGAACUGGGCCUCUACGUAUUCGCGUCGAAGCCUUCCAGCGGCGCAGCAAUAUUCACAUUUUAGAUUCUUCUGGUAAUUUAUUAUGUAUUGAUCAUCCCUCAAAUGAAGGUUCUUGAAUCAUGCUGAUUAUUUAAUAAAAACAUUUUUACUAACGGUUGACCAUCUUAUUGGAGCGAUAAGCGCCUUCAAGCUGGGAGAAAUUAUUCUGUGCGGACACCGGACGGUCAGGAGACCAAUCAAAACGUAUCAUGUUGCCUGGUAUAGAACAUUACCGAGCAAAAGAAAAGAUCGUGGUGCAUUCUGAUUGGUCUCUGGAUGCCGUUCAAGAACCGCACAGAAUAGUUUUUCUCAUGCUAGACAGAAUUUCUAAGAACUUAGUAAUUAAUAAUUGGUCAGUGCUUCUAAACCUGGGUUCUUUUAAUAGCUCCCUUAACUAUGAUAA